GGCUCCGCCCCCGGGUAGGGACCUACACGGCGGGACCAGGACCCGGCGCGGCGCCGCGGCGGCGGCUCGGCCUGGCGGGGACCGGGCGCCCCUCCUCGCACCGGGACCGGCUGGGCUGUUCGUGCAGGGCUGGCUGCCCCGGGGUCUGAGUGUAGACACCCGUGCCAGGGCCCAGAGGACAGACCGGAUGGGCCUGGGUGCCCGAGAAGACAAGCCAGAGCCGCUGCCACCUGCCCAGAAGUCGGAACCGUGGCCAGCACAGCAGAUGCUGUGACCUCGGCGCACAGCUCACCCAGCGGGUAGCACGAAGCAAAGGAUUCCCAUUAGUCACCAGCUCCUUGGCCUUACAAAAGCCACACAGCUUCUCCCGGCCCGUUCUCUUCCCGGAAGCAGUGUUGCCUGGAACAGAGAGAAUUGGAAGCAGUCAUAUCUGAGGACCGGGCAGAGAUAACUCAGGAUGCCCCCCGGAAGGAACCACGCGCCUGCCCAUCAGAGCUGGUUGAAGACUGCCCCGGAAGGAUUCAGUCACAUGAAGUCCGCCUGGAUCCCCGUGGGCUGUGCCUGGAAAUGCAGCUGAGAAGAUGAAGGACAUUGGACAGCAGUUAUUCAGUUCACAGGUACUCGAUGGACAUAACUCUCUGACCAUGUCGCCUCGACAACCUCAUGCUAACAGAGCCACUCGGCCGGACAGACAAGAAGCUCAGGCGGCUUUGUAUCAAGGCUCCGAGGCCGAGGCCGCCGUGAUGACCUCGGCCAUGUGUGUGAAGUGCAAGACCAUUCACCAGGUCCCUCUUCGGGAUUUGAAAAAGGAGCCGGGGCAGAGCUACCAGGAGGACAGCUUCGUGUGCUUCCAGUGCAGCUUCGGCCUGGCUUCUCCCCACUUUCCCUUCGGGAGCAGCGAUCCCAGCGCGACCCACGUAGACUCCGCCGCCAGUCCCGGCAAUAACAAAUUCAAGGUAAGGAACUUUAAACCGGGCAAGUACUAUUGCGACAAGUGUCGCUUCUCCACGAAGGACCCUCUGCAGUAUAGGAAGCACAUGCUUCAGCACGAAGAGAUCAAGUUCAUCUGUUCUCACUGCAGCCACAUCUCCUACACGAAGGGGGAGUUCCAGAGGCACCUGGUGAAGCACACGGGCAUCUUCCCCUACCGGUGCGAGUACUGCGACUACGGCGCUAUCCGGAACGACUACAUCGUCAAGCACAGGAAGCGAGUCCACGAGAGGGCCGGCGGGAAGCGGCAGCCCAAGGCCGGGGCCAAGCUGGAGCCGAAAAGGACCAGCGUGUCAAGACAGAGCGCGGAGCUCUCCAAAGCCUCCGAGCCGGGCACCGCCCUGCCCAGCAGGCUGUCCGACCAGCUCUCCAGGUUCUCCCUCCAGACGAGCAAAGACCGGGUGCGCAGCAUCAUGCUCGUCCCCGAGCCGAAGGACCACCAGAAAGACGUGGUGUGCAUUCCGAACGGAGGGACCCUGUCGGAGCCGAGCGAGGUCAGCGUGUUAGAGAACAAGAGCGUGGAGGUGGAGGUGCUGUCCCCAGCCUCGGAGCCCGUGCAGCCCGGGAUGCCGCUGACUGUGGUGGCGCCAGCGGAGCUCGUGGUCCCCGCCAACUGCUUGGCCCAGCUGAUCGACGUGAAGGUCGUCAACGGGACCCAGCAGCUCGUUCUGAAACUGUUCCCUUUGGAAGAAAAUAACGGCCUAGAAGCUGGCGGGGGUGACGGAGGUCAUGCUGAACGUAGGACUAAAGAGAAGGGUUCGGAUGAACGAGGGAAAAGGCUCCCUGCGGAACCAACCAAGGCACUGACGACGGAAGGGGCUGCUGGAGAACCGGGCGGCCUUGAUGGCCUUCAGUCAGCUCAGAAGCAAGUUAAGAAUGUGAAAUGGUCUUACGACGUGUUCAUGUCAGAUCCUAGUGUGCACCCCUGUGGAGAACCCCUUCUCAAGCCCGCUAGAGUUGAGGAUUUGCAGAGAAAGAGUCAUAUGUAUCCACACACAACUGCCCUUCCUCCCGUUGCCUUAGAAGGUCACUCUCCAUCCUCUAUAGCGAAAAACAGUGUUCUGUGUGGCCUUGGCACUGCCCCCAAUCCUUUCCCAUAUAAAGCUGCUGUUUCUUUUACUGAAGACGGGAGCCAUUUGCACAGGGACCCCCAGAAGCUCCUUCCUCUGGCUGCAUCACCCACAGCCAUUUCCUUCUCUGGAGAAAGGGGAUUUUUGCCCGUCAGUAAAAAUGACUUGGAAUCUAGAAGCGAGAUCAGUAUUCCUGUGAGAAUGGUUCCCUCUUCUAGGAAGCUGAAAGACAACCAGACAGAGGACUCUAAGGCAGUUUCAAAUGCAGGCCAGAUUUCCUCUCAUCGUAAAAGUGAAUAUUUACACAUAAACAUAACAGGAGAAGACAGGAUCAGAUCUCAGCAGCCUGGGGAUAAGCUUUUGGAGAUAAAGAAAUCUGAAAGGACUAAUGACUCUUUCAGUGGCCCAGUCAUUUCAUCAGUAUUUUCUCUGAGCUCCGGGUCUGAAGACGUCCCUGAGGGCGUUAAGUGGAACCACUCAACAUCCAAAAUAAAGUCAAUGGAACUCCUGCGCAGAAGGAUCGCUCAGUUAAUCGAAUCCUGUGGCAGGCCUCCCUCUCUGGCUGCCAGUAAUGCACACCGUCGUUCCAUAGGGCAAGCAUCAAAGGGAAUUUCCAAAGCUAGUCCUGAAGGUAUUCAAGAAAUUAACGUGGCAUUUACUGGCCCUGGCUAUGCCACACACACACUCUCCAAACCUCAGGACCAUAGUGGUGUUAGUAGACAGCUUACCCGUCAGCACAUAUAUCCACAGUUUGUAGAAGGCGGCAGUGGGAAAACCGAAAGCCAAGUCGCUAGGAAGGCUCAUGUUGCGACUCCAGUGUUGAUCCCCAAAGGAGCCGUGUUGAGGGUUCUUAAUUCCUCUGAGGACGCCCACAUUAUAGAGGCUACAUGCGAAGCCCCCGUCAGCAUCCCGUACAGUGAGACACAGUUAAAACCCAUUCCGUUCUGCCCCGUGAAGCAGACGGAUUCAGACUUACAGCCUUCAACAAGCGAAAGUGGACCAAUAGAAAUGUCCCAUAACCUCGACACAUCUCUCAGGCCUAAACCAAGGAAGGAGAGUGCUGCCGGGAGCACCAUCCUGAAAAAAGCUGGCCCCAUGCAUGGUCCGCCCGGAAGCAGAGAGUUGAGUAAGCAAGGAAAAGUGCCCUGGAGAAGUCUUCCUGUCAAUAAAAAUAAAACCAAGCAAGUACAUUCAUCCAAGAAGAAAAGCAAAAUGCAGGCCGACCCUGGCCUCAGUCUCAAGGAUCCUUCAAUUUUCCAGGUUGCAAGACAGCUUCGACUGAUAGCCGUGAAACCGGACCAGCUGAUUAAAUGCCCCCGUCGGAACCAGCCCGUCAUUGUGCUGAACCAUCCUGACGUUGACUCACCGGAAGUGACCAAUGUGAUGAAGGUAAUAAACAAGUACAAAGGCAAUGUCCUCAAGGUCGUCUUAUCGGAGAGGACCAGGUGUCAGUUAGGCAUCAGACGGCAUCACGUUCGGCUGACCUACCAGAACGUGGAGGAAGCCAAUCAAAUCAAAAGGCAAAUGAUGUUGAAAAUGAAACUUAAAAAAGUCCACAAAAACAACUACCAGGUGGUGGAUUCCUUACCUGAUGACUCACAGUGUACAUUUAAGUGCUGGUUUUGCGGACGGCUGUACGAAGACCAGGAAGAGUGGAUGAGUCACGGCCAACGGCAUUUGAUAGAAGCAACUAGAGAUUGGGAUGUUCUUUCUUCCAAGGGCAAAUAAGUGAAAAAUUGGUGUUUGAAGCAAAUUUUUUUUUUUUUUUUUUUUUUUUUUUUUUGUUUAUUCUGGUUAGGAUUGGAUUUGUUGUUUUUCCCAUCCCUGACUCAGUAGGAGAAAUAGAGAUUAUAGGAAUGGAAGGUCCUAUAAUAGAAAUUAUAGGACCGUUCAUUGUUCAGAUCCCUUGUAGGAAUGUUGAGAACCAGGUGACUGGUUUCUCCUAAUGUAUGUAUGACUGGAAUUCGGAAGGCAUUUGAAAGAGUACGCACAAAUUUAUGUACAUGCAUUUUUUCUGGAGAGAAGUGAAACUUGCACCAAAUUUUCAGUGGGAUCUGAGACCUUUCUGUUUAGCAGCCCAGUUUCUGAGUGGAGACAAGCCUCUUGUCAUCCAGGGAGAGGGUGAAUUUAGAGUGUGUUACACAUGCUCAUAUUCCAGAAUGCUACUGAUCAGUUAAACCCAUGGUGGUGUGCUUAUCCACUUUAUCUUUGCAUUAACUUGUCUCCUGAAUAUUUGGUACAUAACGGAAAUUAUAUUUUCUACUGUUAUCUUAAAUUUGGUUACAGAAAAGUAGCCAUUCUUUUAAAUCCCUCCCCCCCCCCCCCAUCAUCCUCAUAAGAGUUCUUUACAGCACAGAACUGUGCUUUUUGGGACUGUUUGAAAGAAUGAUUGUCAAGUUUUGCCUGAAUUUGCUCCUUCCACAGUGUGUGUUAGGGGAGAAAGGAAACAUUUUCAAGCUUUUGCAUUCUUUUUUGAACAUCUCAACUUAGGACAAUUAUAGAGGGAAUGUGCCUUUUUGCAAAAUAAAAUAGAAAUGGUCACAAAGGGGAAAUAUCUCAAAUUAAGUCUUUUGUUUGUCCUUACCCCUCUCAUGAGCAAAGUAGCCGGUUAAAAAUGUAGCUAGGCGGGCCUCUUACAGCAUAGAUCACACCUGGGAAGAUAAUGCAAGGUCAGAUUGUGGAGGCAGCUGUGACUUUAAGAUGACUGAGAACUAACUCUUUCACUUGGGAACUAACUCUCCAUCCAUCACACAGGGCUCACAGACACUGCCUUCCACCCCAGGCUGCAGCCUUCUCUCCUUUGCCAUUUCUCUUACUCCACAGGGGCCUGUUCAGACAACUCCCCACUCACCGCCCAUCCCUUUGCUUUUGUGCCUUUGAGGCCCCUUAAAAGCUGACCCUCGUGAAAAUACUAAAAAUGGGCAUGAAUCAACAAAAUGCAAGUGUCCCAUCAUCUUUGUUAAGAUUAUAGGAAUGCUAUCCCGGGUCUUCAUUGACAGGAACAGUGUGCUUCUAACUGACCGUUACCAUGGUCAUGCUUUCCCCAUUGCUCCCCUCUCCAUCGCCAGGUGUCAAGACCGGUGCUGAGCUGACAGCACCUUCGUGGGCAUCAGAAACAGCCCGCCCUCUGCCGCUGGGGCUUCUUGGGCAAUACUCAGUUGGCAGAUGAAGCUUGAACUGCAUCUUAACCCUUCCUUGCCCACUCCGCUGGGCCCCAGCCAUCCUGCAGACGGCGAAUGGCUCAGACACACGGCAGCCCGGCCCUUCAGUGGUUCUCCCGGUAGGCAUUCAGGCCGGUGCUGCAGGGAAUGCCACUGGGGCUGUCGCAGGUGAAGAUGCGAGAGAGAUUCCUGAUGAUUGGGUAGUCAGAUGAAUAUUUCUUUUUCCCCACAGGGAAAGUCUUAGAUUACCUCUGAUUGGGGGGUGGAGGGGGUAUUGCAGUUCUUCUGUGUCAUUGUUUCUCAUGACAGUAGUUAACAUGUCUUAUAUGUAAUUUGGGACAUGAUCCCUGAGUUUGUUCAUUGGUUAAUUUUUGUUGAAAUUUGGAUUGUUUAUGUGUAUAUAUAUGUGUAUGUACACAUAUCAGUAUUUUUUACCAUAUGAAAACUAAUGACUAAUUUUCUGAUUUCCUAUUUUAUAAUGAAAUUAGGUGGUUUGGAAAAAUAUAAAAUGUUUUAUAUUCUAGAAAUAACUUAUUUUGGAAGUACCUUUUGAUAAUGGUCUGAUCACACUCAGAGCAAUGGAAGCACAGUGGAGAGUGGGUCGGAUUCGUGGGAACAAACGAAGUGGCACCCCGGCGACCAUUCCAUCACAGGCCUCGGUCCGCGCAUUUCCAGUCGGGGCGUUGAGCAGCGGAGCUGCCUGCCUCGCUGCGUGCAGAGACCAGGCGCAGGUUUGCCCGUGCGUGGGUCCAAGCCCCUCCGCCGUGAAAGGAGCCUCCCGAGGCACUCAAAGAAGAGAAGGCUGCGAUUCUUCCUCCUCCUAUACCUCACUACACAGUCGCGUCUUUCUGGAAGCGCAGACUGGCCUUUCGGGAGAGAGAGCCAUGAAUUGGGUCAGUGUUAAGUGUCAACAUGAAGUAUUCACACUUUGCAGCAUCAGCCCUUUGGCAAGUAUUACCUAAAGCAGCUUACACCCCUGUACAGAGCUCCCUUCCGUGAGGGGGUUCAGAAUCAGAAAGGCUCCUGGGAGUCGUAAAAAGUGAGGCCGAAAGGCUGGCUGUCCUCCCCAUGUGAAGAGCCUGAGGAAGUAGCUCGUUAGUGUGUAGGUAAGUGUCAUGAAAUGCACUGUCCUGUCAUUUCUAACGAGAUUGGAGCAGGGAGCAGAACUGGGCUGAGGAUUUGUGUGCUCUUUCUUGCCAUGAUUUUGAAGGACCUUUCACGAAACUUGACUCAUAGUACUUACCAAGGACAUCAUUUUACCCUUCUUGUUAACCCAUUUUCUUUUGGGGGGCAGAGAUGAGAUGAUCUUAUAUUUAUGAUAUGACAGAGAAAGUUGUUCGUUUUUUCUAAUGACUUCAUAGAUUCUAUUUUACUCACAUUCCCACCCCACCCCCCCCAGCCCCAAACAAUGUUGUGAGCCCCUGUUCUGGGCCAGGUGCUGUUGAACUAAAUGGAACGCAAUGUAUUACCCCUCGAAAGCCCCUGCCUCCUGCUCUGGGACCCCCUGUAGAAGCCGUCCCCAGACGUGAAGGGGUGACGCUGCCCUGCCUGUCGAAGACGGCGUGAACCUGUGAGCAUCAACGUGAGAAAAAAGAAAACCUUGCCUAGCCCGUUCCAAGCACCUAGAGGUUCUGUGUUCACAGUGUGUGCUGCUGCGCUUCGGAAACGUUUAUAUAGAGAUUUAGAAGUUGGAGUAAAUUUUGUUAAAUAAAGCAACUGUCAACAUU